AUGGCGCCAGAGGCUGCAAAGAACAUCCGCAAGAGAAAAAAAGUCGACUCCGACGAAGAAGUCUCCGGCGAUUAUAUUCCGUAUUCCGGUCCCGCGACGAAGAAGUCCGCCGGGCUUUCCUUCUCUUCGUCUUCGUCUUCGUCUGGGGUUGGCUCCCUGUUCCAGUUCGAUUCAUCCAAGGAGAUCCAGGUCAAGCACGACAGUCGCGCCACGGCUACGCUCGAGACGGAGACCGAGUUCUCCAAGGACGCCCGCGCCAUCCGUGAGCGGGUGCUGAAGAGGGCGGAGGAGGCUCUCAAGGGUAAAUCCAAGCCUGACGGAGGGGGCAAUGAUAAGAUAUACAAGGAGAUCCACGGGUACACCGAUUACAAAGCAGGGUUCAGGAGAGAACAGACAGUGGCAGGCGAGAAGGCGGGCGGUGCCCAUGGACCACUGAGGGCAUCAGCACACAUCCGGUUGUCGGCUAGGUUUGAUUACCAGCCUGACAUCUGUAAGGACUAUAAGGAGACUGGGUAUUGUGGUUAUGGUGAUUCCUGUAAGUUUAUUUACGAUCGAGGGGAUUAUAAAUCAAGAUGGCAACUGGAGAAGGACUGGGAGGAGGCUGAGAAGGCAAGAAAAAAGAGACUCGCAACAAGCAGUAGAGGAGACAACGAUGAGGCUGAUCAUGAGGAUGGCAAUGAUGAUGAUGACGAAGCCGACGAUUCUCUUCCUUUUGCCUGUUUUAUAUGCAGACAACCUUUUGAGGAUCCGGUAGUGACCAAGUGCAAACACUACUUCUGUGAACAUUGUGCUCUAAAGGUAUGGGAUGUUUAUGUUGCUUCUGUUUGCUUGUUUCUCACUCAUUGCAGCGCUCUUGACUCUUGA